UCCUCGGUGCAGUGCGGUGCGCGGCGAUGCGAGGAGCGGCCGCCCUCAUCGCACAGCACCCCCGAGCGCGCGUGCCACCCCCAUGUCCGUCCGCAGCCUCCACCGGAGGGUGUCCGGAUCCGGUUUCGCUGGACAGCUGACCUCUGCCGCCAGCUCCAUGGGUCGCCAUCCAGGCCAGGGCAGCGAGCCGAACCUAAUCAGGAAAACUGCCGGCUCGAACCCCGCGUCAGCCACGGCCUCUGUACAGUUCGUCUAUCAUCCGUUCAACCGCCAGAUCGCCCGAUGGUGCCGCUCACAGUCAGAGUAUUCCUCUCUCCUCUUCUUAUCCCGCUGCAGGCGGCGGCCGUGGGCCGUGGCGGCAGUCCAACUCCCCCUGGUGACUCGGAAAGAUUCGCAAUGGCCGCUGCCUUCACAAUACGCAGACAUGGCAGCUGCCUGUCCGUGGCGCUCACCGCAGCAAUGACGCCUGUGAGCGCCGACACUGUGACGUCAGCAGCAGCAGCAGCAGCAGCAGGAGCAGCAGCAGAAAUGCACAUAUCCAGCACAUUCUGGGACCAAGUGUGCAAUGAGAGUUAUUGUUGCUUACCGAAGGGAAUUUUAGAUUCGAAGAUUAUGUAAACAA